CAACAUGACAAGUGCUGCCAAAAUGGAGCUUAGUGAUGCCAAUUUACAGACUUUAACGGAAUAUUUGAAGAAAACACUAGAUCCAGAUCCUGCUAUAAGGCGUCCUGCGGAAAAGUUUCUGGAGUCUGUUGAAGGAAGCCAGAAUUAUCCAUUGUUACUCUUAACACUGCUGGAGAAAUCACAGGAAAAUGUCAUCAAAGUUUGUGCAUCUGUAACAUUCAAGAACUAUAUUAAAAGAAACUGGAGAAUUAUUGAAGAUGAACCGAACAAAAUAUGUGAAUCAGAUCGGAUAGCCAUUAAAGCCAACAUAGUGCCCUUGAUGCUCAGCAGCCCAGAACAAAUUCAAAAGCAGUUGAGUGAUGCAAUUAGUAUUAUUGGCCGGGAAGACUUUCCUCAGAAAUGGCCAGACUUGCUGACAGAAAUGGUGAAUCGCUUUCAAAGUGGAGAUUUCCAUGUCAUUAAUGGGGUCCUUCGCACUGCUCACUCUUUGUUUAAAAGGUACCGCCAUGAAUUUAAGUCAAAUGAAUUAUGGACAGAGAUCAAACUUGUCCUUGAUGCCUUUGCAUUGCCCUUGACAAAUCUCUUUAAGGCCACAAUUGAACUUUGCAGCACACAUGCAAAUGAUGCUAGUGCUUUGAAGGUUCUAUUUUCCUCUCUCAUUCUAAUUGCGAAGCUGUUCUACAGUUUAAAUUUUCAGGACCUUCCUGAGUUUUUUGAAGAUAACAUGGAAACGUGGAUGACAAAUUUUCACACCCUUUUAACUUUAGAUAAUAAACUGCUGCAGACUGAUGAUGAAGAGGAAGCUGGAUUACUAGAGCUCUUAAAAUCCCAAAUCUGUGAUAAUGCUGCUUUGUAUGCUCAAAAGUAUGAUGAAGAAUUCCAACCCUACCUGCCACGUUUUGUAACAGCAAUCUGGAAUCUGUUAGUUACAACAGGCCAGGAAGUUAAAUAUGACUUGUUGGUUAGUAAUGCAAUCCAGUUUCUGGCCUCCGUUUGUGAGAGACCACAUUAUAAGCAUCUGUUUGAAGACCAGAAUACAUUGACAAGCAUCUGUGAAAAGGUUAUUGUUCCCAAUAUGGAAUUUAGAGCGGCUGAUGAAGAAGCAUUUGAAGAUAAUUCAGAAGAAUAUAUAAGAAGAGAUUUGGAAGGAUCUGACAUUGACACGAGGCGCAGAGCAGCUUGUGAUCUAGUCAGAGGCCUGUGCAAGUUUUUUGAAGGACCCGUGACAGGAAUCUUCUCUGGCUAUGUUAACUCCAUGCUGCAAGAAUAUGCAAAGAACCCAUCCGUUAACUGGAAGCACAAAGAUGCAGCUAUUUACCUUGUUACAUCUUUGGCAUCCAAAGCCCAGACUCAGAAGCAUGGAAUAACACAAGCCAAUGAACUUGUUAAUCUGACAGAAUUCUUUGUCAAUCACAUUCAACCUGAUUUAAAGUCUGCUAGUGUGAAUGAAUUCCCUGUUCUAAAAGCUGAUGGUAUCAAGUAUAUCAUGAUUUUUAGAAACCAGGUACCUAAAGAACAACUGUUGGUAUCUAUUCCUCUUUUAAUCAAUCAUCUUCAAGCAGAAAGUAUUGUGGUCCAUACUUAUGCAGCCCAUGCCCUUGAAAGACUAUUUACCAUGAGGGGAACUAGUAAUACUACCCUCAUUACAGCUGCAGAAAUGAUGCCAUUUGUGGAAGUGCUGUUAACAAACCUUUUUAAAGCACUGACGCUUCCUGGCUCAUCUGAAAAUGAAUACAUUAUGAAAGCUAUCAUGAGGAGUUUUUCUCUGCUACAGGAAGCCAUAAUUCCAUAUAUCCCUUCUGUCAUCACACAACUUACACAGAAACUACUGGCUGUUAGUAAGAAUCCAAGCAAACCUCACUUUAACCAUUACAUGUUUGAAUCAAUAUGCUUGUCGAUACGGAUAACAUGCAAAGCAAACCCUGAUGCAGUUGGAAGCUUUGAAGAGGCCUUGUUUAUGGUCUUCACUGAGAUACUACAAAAUGAUGUACAAGAGUUCAUUCCAUAUGUGUUUCAAGUGAUGUCUCUACUUCUGGAAAUGCAUAAAAACGAAAUCCCGUCAUCCUAUAUGGCGUUGUUUCCUCAUCUACUUCAGCCAGUGUUAUGGGAAAGGACAGGAAACAUUCCUCCUUUAGUCCGACUCCUGCAGGCUUAUUUAGAGCGAGGUGCCAAUACAAUAGCAAGAGCUGCCGCUGAUAAAAUACCUGGAUUGCUAGGUGUGUUCCAGAAGCUGAUUGCCUCUAAAGCUAAUGACCAUCAAGGAUUCUAUCUUCUAAAUAGUAUUAUAGAGCAUAUGCCUCCUGAAUCAGUUGACCAGUACAGGAAACAGAUCUUCAUUCUACUAUUCCAAAGACUUCAAAAUUCCAAAACAACAAAAUUUAUUAAAAGUUUCYUAGUCUUCAUUAACUUGUACUGCAUAAAGUAUGGAGCAUUAGCUCUUCAAGAAAUAUUUGACAGCAUACAGCCAAAGAUGUUUGGAAUGGUUUUGGAGAAAAUAAUAAUUCCUGAAAUACAGAAAGUGUCUGGACAAGUUGAAAAGAAAAUCUGUGCUGUUGGUAUUACAAAAAUAUUGACAGAAUGCCCUCCUAUGAUGGACACAGAAUAUACAAAGCUGUGGACUCCUUUGCUGCAGGCCCUAAUUGGCCUUUUUGAACUGCCYGAAGAUGACACUAUCCCUGAUGAAGAACACUUCAUUGACAUAGAAGAUACUGCAGGAUAUCAGACUGCAUUCUCUCAGCUAGCCUUUGCUGGGAAAAAAGAACAUGAUCCUGUAGGUCAAAUGGUGAACAAUCCUAGAAUCCAUCUGGCACAGUCUCUUCACAAACUGUCUACUGCGUGCCCAGGCAGGGUUCCAUCCAUGCUGAGCACUAGUCUGAAUGCAGAAGCRUUGCAGUAUCUCCAAGGAUACCUCCAAGCUGCAAGUGUGACACUGCUAUGAGUUGCAUGUGUUAUUUCACAAGCAAGAUCAAAAGUUGUUUUGCUAUACAGACAGUUGACACUGACUUUUUUUAUAGCAGAGCUCAGACAAAAUGAAAAAUGCUACUUGAAAAUGUAUUGCAGAAUCCAUCUUGUAAAAGAUAAAUGUUGCUUUAAGCAGAAGCUGAAAGAAUUAGGUGGUUCAUGUAAUCAUAGAUAAAAGGUGGCUAACUUCCAUUCCCAGUUUAAUUUCAAAGGGAAUAGUCAUAGCAGUUUAUUACAGGAUUUAUUUGAAUUCUGUGCCUGCAGUGUUUGGAUAACAUUUUGAAAUGUAUGGAGAGCACUGGCUGUAGAAACUCACUUUUGGUCACUAAAAUUCCUUUUCAUUUUGAUGUUGUCCUUUGUAUUUCUUUUGUCCUUCUUUAAACUUUAUCUAAAUUGUGAAUAAAUAAGAAGUACUUGUUUAAAAUGCCUGUCACUGUGCUCUUACUGUUGGCUUGGAAAAAAAAAUAUAUAAUGUUUUAAGACAGAAUAUACAGUACUGGGACUGUGCGGAUUUUUCUUCAAAUACUAGUUUAAAUACACUGUAGCAUCCUACAGAGCAAAUGUAAAACUUUGGCAGAAGGUCCAAAGCAAUUAUCACCCUUCUGAUAUUCAUCAGCAGGUGGCAGUAGCUGCUGAAAGCACCCUUCUCUUUGGACAAUGCAUGUCAGUACGAUGUGCCAAAAGCAAAUAAAAUACCCUCUAAGAGUGAGUAUCAGUUUCCAAGUGGGUUUUUAGUGAUGUGUUAAAACUGAAGCAAUAGUUUUCUCUGUUUAACCUUUUUUUUUUUUUCCUCCCUGUUUGCUGAGGUAGCUUUUACCUUGCAAUUACGGCUGCUUGACAGUAACAGGUUGAAGGCCACAGCUUUAUUGUGUUCCAAUGGCGUGGGCACAAAACUGCUAGAGUUCAGACUUUUAGAGCACUAUACAAAUAAUCUGCAGCUACGGAAUGAAAAUUGAGUAGAUUAAAGAGUCAGGCCUAUGUGAUACUAUCCUGAGCGUGUACAGAGAUUCUACAGAUGACUUAUGUGUUUCCCUUCCACACGGUAUAGAGAUUUCCUAGCUACAGUGUCUGAAGCUGAGCCUUGUAUCAAGAAAGUCAGUGAUUUCACUGAGGGUAAACAGUAGGGCAGAAGCAGCUGUUUUCAGUUCUUCCUUUGUUUCUUUGGCUGUAAUGUGGGAAUGCAUGUUGGUCAUCUCCUAAGACAGAGCUGCUUUCUAGACAAGGGAUCUAAAUAAUUUUAAGUAAAUGAAAAUAUAUUGAAUGAAUCAGCAUCAACAUGUUUUCUUGAAUCUGGUCUGUAACUCGGUGUUAGACCCGCUUAGUGCACAAGUGUUGUAGUGACAACAAGUCUCCUGGUGUGAAGUAAUACAGUGAAAAGCAUUUGUUUUAGUGCUGGUGAGAGAGACGCUACUGAGUUGUUGCCAGCUUGCAGAAGAACCCUAAAGGAUAAAUUUCAAUAUAGAUAGGCUGAAACCCCUUGAGAUGUGUGACAUUUGCAGGGAACUGAAAAACACUUCCAUGAAAUAUCACUGUUAGUUGAGCUAUGGUCACUAAGUCAAAAGGAUACUUAAAAUCUGCUGUGUCACUUCUUAUUUGAAAUGGAGGUUUUUGCAUCGUGCAAUGUUAAGGAUCUUGUGUUAGAAGAUCUUAGUUCUGCAUCUCUCGGUAAGGCUUCUUUAGGGAAUAGGUAGUUGAGAUAUGUAAGAAACAUCCRUUCACUUAGUUAUCUUACCGGUAUCAACCAUAGAUGUAGCUAGACAGGAUUUAACAGCAACAGGCCAGAACCUUUUUGAGGGGCAGCCAAAGCAGCUGAAUCUUUUGAAUGAGAAAUAGUCAUUGGAUCUUAAUCUUCACUGUCUUGCGUGUCUUGCCAAGUGUGAUUUUUGCAUUGUGGGCAGACAUUGUGUGUGCCUGGGUGCCCAGGUAAAUAUCAGGAAGAGCUCAACUCAACUGAGAGUGGCAUAACUGUCCUUUGGGCCACGGGAGUUGAAUGUCUUAGACUAAGCAGACAUGGCUGUGGCUCUGUUAGUGGUAUGUAAUUUGUUCCUAAUGUAUACUCUAGAUUUCUCAGGGCAUAGAAAUGUUUAGGUAGAGCAGUUACUCUUUCAGGGAAAUGGGCUUUUCAAGCAUAGUGCAGGCAAGACGCAGCUGUGCUUCAGAGGGCAAGUGUUUGUGGUUGUGUCCUCACCCUGUGCUUAAGUGGAGACUUUAUCAGUACUUUUGACACUUCCCAUCCCCCAGAUCCAUGAGGAAAUGCAGUAUUCCCACUAGGUAUAUGUGUUAAUUUGAAUGGAAACUGGUGAAAGCAUCUUGGUAACAGUUUUUCUCAAGAUUGUUGAACUUCUGUAUGUCCCUGUUAAGGUGAACUUUGUGACUACUUGCUCAGAUAGGCAAAUACUUCUUCCAUUACAAAGCUAAGGGCCAAAUAGCGGGCUAAAAAUCUUUUGAGGAGCUGAGUUUCUAAUCCAAUAUCAGACAAUUAAAUCAUGUUUAUCCUGAGAGGCCCUUUUCUGAAACACUUCUGCAGACAAGUCACCUCUCCCUUGUAAUUGGUAGUGGCAGAAGAAGACUCAGAUUCAGGGGGUAAAGAUGACUUGUUCCUUUUUAAAUACAAAGUAGGUGGUUGAAAGUUGGUAUCUCCUUGGGAUCUUUUGAAAUACCUGAACGGUAUGAAAUAACAGAACUCUCUUUCAAAUUCACAAGCCUUCUUUAGAKCCUAUUGAGCUAUUUGUGGUUUUCAAGUUCCAAGUAAUUUUCUGAGGUAUUUGCAGUGGAAAAGAAUAACUGACUGUUGACGUAAGCACCUCAAGACAAGUAUGUGUUCUUGUUUGCUCGGGUUGUGAAUAGACCAUGGUAUCAGUAUUCCUGCAAUGGUAGCAGCACAUAUGAAAGUGAAGUCCUUUGUUUCUUCUUCCAGAGUAUAUGGUAAAAUGAGACUCAUUGGCCUAGUGAACUA